CUGUGUGCUGAAAUCUCAAUCAGAAGUCAAUUCGAUUCGGUUUUACCGCCUCUCCUCCGCGAGUAGGACGGGCUUAUCACGGCAAUACACAACUGUUUCCGUGACUGAACGAUGGCUGUGAACCUAAGCAAAAACGGCAUUGCCCUGACAAAUGCCUACAAGGAGGUGGUAGAUGAGAAAUCCAACACCAAUUGGGCAUUGUACACCUACGAGGGGAACACUAAUGAUAUCCGAUUGGCAGAGAAGGGAGAUGGUGGACUGGAGGAACUGGUGGAGGAACUUAGCAGCGGGAAAAUUAUGUACGCGUUCUGUCGUGUCCAGGACCCAAACUCUGGCCUGUGCAAAUACGUCCUCAUCAACUGGACUGGAGAAGGUGUGAAAGAUGCCCGGAAAGGACUAUGUGCCAAUCAUGUCAGCUCCAUGGCAAAUUUUCUCAAGGGCGCCCAUGUCACAAUAAAUGCCCGUGCAGAGGAGGAUGUGGAACCUGAGGCUAUUAUGCAAAAGGUGGGCAAGGCCUCGGGGGCCAACUAUAGCUUCCACAAAGAGUCCAACAAGUUCCGAGACGCUGGUCCCCAGGGACCUGUGGGCUCUGUCUAUCAGAAGACCAACGCUAUGUCUGAAAUCAAACGCACCAAUAAAGACAACUUCUGGGCGCAGGCAGAGAAAGAUGAGGAGAAGCGGCGACAGGAGGAGCGCUGCAAGGCAGACGAGGAGCGCCAGAAGCUGGAGAAAGACAGGAAGGAUCGAGAGGCCAAGGAGGCAACUCUCAGAGAGAAGAGAGACAAGGAAAGGGCCUCUAUGAUCGACCAGCAGAAGAAGUACCAGCAGCAGCAGGAAGCUGAGAGCAGAGAAGAUGAGAAACAACAAUGGGAUGAGCAGGAGAAGGACUUCCAGGCAACUCAGAAGAAAGGGAUGAAGCGUGGUGAAUCUGUGGAGAAAGCCAAUGAGGCAGCCAAUCUGAUCUCACAGCGCUCUAUGAACCCCAGAGAGAUGUUCAAGCAGAGAGAGAAGGGCAUGGACACCCCUGCUGCUGCCCACGCCACUGCCAGCCCUCAGCCAGGGCGUUUGCAAAGCCCUUUUCUCUCUAAGCAACCAUGUGAGCCUGAGCCAUCCCGCUCGCCCCUGCGCCAAGCCUUCCCACUUUCUGCAGGCUCUGCCUCUCCUGUCCCUGCUGCAGAACCCAGUGUGGAUGAGCUCGUUGUGGAUGAGUCAUCCCAGUCUGAGUGCUUGGAUGAGCAGGAUGCAACCCCUGUUCAGGAUGCAGUCCCUGAGGAACAGUGGCAAGAUGAAGUGAAGGCACCAGCUCCUCCCACUCAGCACAACCAUCCCACAGAGCCAGCCCAAAAUGAUCUCUAUGAGGAGCCCCCACAGGUGGAAGAGAACACAUUUGAGGUGCCUGCAGGGGAGAAGACGGACCGAGGUGUCUGUGCCAGGGCUCUAUACGACUACCAGGCUGCUGAUGACACCGAGAUCUCCUUCGAUCCUGAUGACAUCAUCACUGGCAUUGAGAUGAUUGACGAGGGCUGGUGGCGGGGCUACAGCCCAGACGGGCAUUUUGGAAUGUUCCCAGCCAAUUACGUGGAGGUUAUUUAGGUCCAUACCUCGCCCACUCACUAGAUCAGCAUAUUGGAGGCAGAAUGGAAAAGAUUCCCCCCCCCCCCCCCCCCCCCCAGAAGAAUUUGGCAGUAGGAAAACUGCUUGGUCCAGAACACAGCAGGUCAGAAGUAACUCAACAGUGAACCCUUUAGAAUAGUUUGCUGAACUGAAUCUGCCACAUUAUGGACCAAUAUAUGAACAAUAACCAUGGGACCAGGGGUCGCGCAAAUCUAUCCCUGUUGAAGGAAGCAAUUCAAUUAUGUUGUUGAUGUUGUGAGGCGUUAGAUGGCAUAGUUUAGGUUUUGAUGAAAACCCAUAUACUGGCCAACCCCAAACUAAAUCUCUCACCUUUUAAUGUGAUGCAGUAAAUUGUCAGGCUUUUUAGAUUUUUCAAUUCAAGUUUCCAUUGCGAACAUUAAUAGCACUUGUAGAUCACAUUCCUUAAAGUGAAUCCAGUUUUGUUCCAGAUAUACUAUUUUUGUUAUUUGUAGCAUUCACUCCUGUUGGGUUCAGGAUAAUAUUUCAUAGCUCACAUAAUGGUACCAACUAUGAUCUUUGGCCUUUUUUUGCCUUUUCCUCAGACUAAUAUUUUAUGUGAGUAUUUCUUUGUCAGAAAUGAUUUUGCUUGAAAGGAAUCCAGUGUGAAUUUCCAACAGUAGUUUGGUAUUGCAGUGGAAUUGAUUAUUAGAAAACCAAAAGGUUCUAUAUUUGCUAUGCUC